AUGGCCACAUCUUCAGAGGGCGAAGAUUUCCUAAGCGAUUUAUUGAAGUGCUCAAUCUGUUUGGAAAUUUACAAGAAACCAAAAUGUUUACCAUGUUUGCAUUCAUUUUGUGAAACUUGUUUGCAGGCCUAUGUAAGCAGUAGCACUGAUGAUAAAACUUCAAACACUGAAGAUUUAAAAACGAAAGUAGAUACAUAUACAAUUUCAAAGCAAUCUGAAUUUCAUUGUCCCACUUGCAGGAAUGUCGUGAAGAUUGAGGAUAACUCAUCAAAAACAACGUGGCUCAAAAAUUUACCGGAUAAUUUCUUCAUAGUGAAUUUGAUAGACAGACGUUCAAUUAAAACUGAAAGUAAAACUUGUGAUCCGUGUGCUUCUGACGGAAAACAAGAGCCUGCAUCAACUUGGUGUGUGAAUUGCACCGAAGCACUUUGCAAGCAAUGUGGAGACUAUCACAAAAAAUUCAGAUCAUUUCGCAACCAUUCUUUUUUGGACUUGCACUUGGUAAAGACUCAGGAAAAAGCACCAUUCACUGGUUUUAUACCAUGUCCAGAUCACCCAUCCACGCAAGCUCAGGUGUUUUGUGUUGAUCAUCAUGUAGCAUGUUGCACACUAUGUGCUACAAUUCGUCACAGAAAGUGUUCCGAUAUACUGACACUAGAAGAAGCUGCAAAAGACGUGAAAAAUGAAAAGGUUACACAUGAUUUAAAAGCAAAAUUAGAGGAAUUGGCCACAAAUAUACAAAUGAAGAUUUCUAGUAGGAAGGAGCGACAAAAAAACUUGCAAGCAUCAAAAGAAGCGAUAGAACAGGAAGUGAACACAAUGACAAAUGAAGCUAUCAGUCAUCUAGAAACCCUUAGAGCUUCAUUUAAACAGGAACUUCACAAAUAUCAAGAAGAUGUGUCUGAAACUCUUGAGAGCGAAAUUUCAAAUCUAUCCAAUCUCUUAUCAAGAGUCGUGUAUCAAAAACAGUUACUGACUGCUUCGGUAGAACAAGGGUCAAAUGAAGAGUGCUUAGUUGAAAGACAACACAUAUUGAAAUCAGAAGGAGAAAUAAAGAAUGAUUCCAGUGUUUUCCCUGUCAAAAUAUCAACUGGAAAACUAUCAUUUAGGGCAGAUUCAGAAUUUUUGAAUUUGAAGUCGAAAAUAAGAACACUUGGACAUUAUGUUGAACCGAAAAAAUAUUGCAUGAAAAAGGGGAAAAUCGAACUGCUGCAUAAAAAUGACCUCUGUGUUGGUGUUUGUAAUGCUGUAUUCGAUAAUCAAGGAAAUAUCUUUAUUACUGAUUAUGGGAGGGAGAGAGUGUUUGAAUGUGAUAUUACUUUGAAUUGCAAAUCAACAGUUUCGGUGCCUGGAAAACCGCGGGAUAUAACGAUAGAUAAGGCUGGUCACAUAUUUGUUUCCUUACCAAUGGAGAAAGAAGUCAUUGCAGUGAAUACAAAAAAGAGCACCGUUCAAAAAAUAUUUUCAACAUCAAUUGUUUGUUGGGCAUUAUACUGGAUGAAUGAUACAUUUUUCAUCAGUAAUGGCGACAUUAUUCAGAUAUAUUCUGAUGUCGGGAAGAAAAGAGAUGAAAUAGAGACGUCCACCACCUGGAUGAUAUCCGGAAAACAAGACUCUGAAAGUAUUCUGUACUCUAAAGACGAUAAACUGAUGGAAACCUCGGUUUGUUCUAAGGAAGAGAAGAUAUUAUCUUCCGGAUCCGGUUGUGGACUCCGUGGCGUUAGCAAUGAUCUUGAGGGCAAUAUAUACACAAUUGGGAUUAACAACAACAAACUUUACCAGUUUUCUUCUGAUGGAUAUUUAAUUCGGGAGGUGAAUAUGGGAGAGUUUCAUUUAAAGGGAGAUCCUUGGAGUGUUCGUCUUAGUGACGGCAAUAUGUUUGUCAUUACAACCACUAGAGGUUCUGUUGCUUUGUUUGAGAUAACUUCAGAUGAAUAA